UUUUUUUGCAUGCUUUAUCUUAUCUUUUUGGGUGGCGGGGAGCGUAUCUAGAAGCGGGGAGGGCCUUGAAUAUAUGUACAUACUAACAACCAGCCAGUUCCCUUAUCCAUGCAUUGGCAUGUUCAGAUUUCUUGAUCUAAGCAUUCCCAGCUCACCGUACUAUAAUGAGGUGAUUGAGAGGCUGAGGGCAGGAGAGAUAUUCUUGGAUCUAGGCUGCUGCUUUGGACAGGAGCUUCGUCAGUUGGCCUUCGAUGGUGCUCCUUCUGAAAACCUCUACGGCUCUGACCUCCGCCUGGACUUCAUGGAACUCGGGUACGACCUCUUCCUCGACAAAGACAAGCUAAAGUCACGCUUCAUCGCCUCCGACAUCUUUGACCCGGCCUCCGCCCUGCUCAAAGAACUCUCUGGAAAGGUCGACAUCAUCCACACGGGUUCAUUCUUCCAUCUCUUCGACUGGGACCAGCAGGUGGCAAUUGCAAAGCAGGCCGUGAGCAUUCUGCGACACAGGCCGGGUUCUCUGAUCGUUGGAAGACAAGUCGGACAUGUAGAAGCGAAGGAAGAUCCGCGUCGUUCGGGAGCCGGGUUGAGAUAUAAACAUAACCCGGAGAGCUGGCAGAAGUUAUGGGACCAGGUGGGGAGCGAGACGGGUUCGAAGUGGAAAGUGGAGGCGUAUGCGGAACCUUUCAAUCACGGGAUGAGGCUUGUUCAUGAUGAAGGAACGAUUAGAUUACGAUUUGCAGUGAGACGCUUGUAGAUGGUUAGACACGUUGGGAUAGAUAUCAGGUAUUGAGAGGGGAUGCGGACCUAACGUUGGAUAGAAACGGUAUACAUAUAUCUAUGUGCAUAGCAAUGAGGAAAG